AGUUAGUCAAAGUGAGUCAAAGUUCGAAAGAGUUCGUAGCAAAGCUGAUUGAAGAAGAGAAAUAGUAAAAUUUAAUUAGACCGAGUAUCCGUGUGUAAGAUUUCUCAACACUUCGUAGCUCAGUAAAAGAUAUUUGAAUGCAGUUGGUUUAAGAGCUUGUUAUAAGGGACAUUGAUCUUUUAACAUGACUAAUAUGACGGAAGAAAUUCAAAUGAAUUUAAAGACUGAAAUGGACAAAUACAAACAAGUUGAAAGAGAUUACCACAAAGCUCUGAGUCAAAGGCAGCAGUUAGAUGGGCAGUUAAAUGAAAAUAUUGCAGUUAAGAAGGAAUUGGAUCUUCUGAAAUCACAAGACGAUGUUUUUAAGUUGAUAGGACCAGUUCUUAUAAAACAGGAUUUAGAAGAGGCAAAGCAAAAUGUUUCCAAGCGUAUGGAAUAUAUUUCCUCUGAAUUAAAACGAGUGGAGGAAUUAAUCGCUUCAUUAGACAAAAAACAAGACAUGCAUCAAGAAACCUUAGAGAAAUAUCAACAGAUGUUUCAACAGGCACAGAUAAAAGCAUCACUUAAUCAACCAAAAGCUUAA